AUGCCGAGGCCUCGGAGGCCCCAGGGGAAAGGCUGCAUCCCCGUCCUGCUGUCAGUCAUCCAGCCGCCUCCACAGGAGCCCCACAGCAGGCAGCUGCCCUGCAGGACACAGCCAGUGCAGACAGCUCUGGGCAGCCGGUGCCCUGGCUCAGCACCACGAAAGGAGCCUCAGCUCAGGCGUCGGAGGCUGAGAAGGAGGAUCCCUCCGGAGACACCAGCGCCCUGGCCUCUACAGCCUUAUUGCCAGGAGAGCAGGAGGUGCAGGGCCCUGUCCCACUUGCUCAGGUUCCCACGCCCAGGACACGUCUCCAGGCUGCCCCACAGCUGCAGGCAGAGUCCUCAGGCCUGGGCUUGCUGCAUGAGAGGAGGCCGGGGCAUGGCACUGCCCAGCUCUGUCCAGAUGCUGGAGGUGGAGCGGACGCAGCAGAGGCUGUUGCUGGAGAGUCUCCAGCAGCAGCACCAGAAGAACCUGGAUCUUCUCGAGAGCCCCUACAGGCGGCAAAUGAAGGUGUUGGAGGAGAGCCACGGGCGGCAGGAGGAGAGGCUGCGGCAGGAGCUGGAGCAGCUGAGGGCUCAGCUGCUGUCGCAGAGCCAGGACGCGGAGCAGGCGCAGGCAGAGCUGCGGGCACAGCACCAGCAGCAGCUGGCAGCACUGGAGCAGCAGCACACGCUGGAGGUGAAGCGGCUGCAAGAGCUGCAGAGGACGUCCAUCCAGGAGCUGCGCCAGGACUACGACGAGCAGCUGCGGCGGCUGCAGCGACUGAAGGAUCAGGAGGUGGAUGCGGUGACCAGUGCCACGUCACACACCAGGUCUCUGAACGGCGUCAUCGAGCGGAUGGAGAAGUUCUCCAGUGAUCUGCACGAGCUCUGGCACAAGGUGGAGGCCAAGCACCACAGCACCUCCCAGGAGCUGGCCACGUGGGCACAGCAGCUCAGGGUGCUCCAAGACAGGAUGUUGCAGCAGCAGAAGGACAUGGAGGAGGAACAGAGACGACACCAGGACGUGAUUGCUAAAGUGGAGGCCAGGCUGAGCGAGCAGUGUCAGCAGCUGGAGCAGGAGCGCUGCAGGGCGCUGGCGGAGCAGUGCCAAGUGGGAUCUCUGCAGCGCUCGCUGGAGGAGCGGCAGCAAGUCCUGAGCCAGCAGCUCUCCAAGGAGCGAGCAGAGCUGGAGAGGGCCAAGAGCACUUUUCUGGCGGAGCAGCAGUUGGUGGUGCAGAAGUGCUCAGAGGAGUACCAGAAGCUGGCGACUGAGUGGGCUGAACUUCGUGCCCAGCAGCAGCAGAGCAGGGAGCUGGCAGAGCUGAAAGCCAAGGAGGAGCAGCUGGAGAAGGCCAGAGAGCUGCAGGAUAAGGCCUGGCAGAAGCUGAGGCUGGAGAAGGAGAGGGUGAAGGUGGCUGCGCAGCGCGUCCGGCAGCAGGAAGAGAAGGUGCAGAGCAGGGCCAAGCUCUCAUCCCAGAAGGACAAGAGGGGGCAGCGAGUGCUGCAGAAGGCUUGCAGGGGGGAGUGUGAGCACCCAAGGAGGCUGCAGGCCAUGCAGCAGCGCUUGAAGCAGCUGAGGCAGCAGGAACAGCACCUGCAGGAGGAGUGGCUGAGCACGGCUCUGAAGAGGAGGCAGCUAGAAGAGCGAUGUGAGGAGCUGCCCAACAACCCCAUGAUGCUGCUGACUGCAGACCAGGACCUCGGUGCUCCUGUGAACGGCCUCUCCAGCACACUGUUUCCCCUGACAACAGCGGCACCACAGAGCUGGGGUCUUGUUGCAGAGCCUCCAGCUCCUGUCAGGGUGCUCCCUCAGCACAGCCCUGGGGCUGGCAGGGACACCCUGGCCACAGCCAGCGGCACCGAGCUCAUUGACGCCACGCUGCUGCUGCUGAAGUUCAGGGCCCAGCAGGACCAUGAUUUCUUAGAGAAUGAGGAGUUCUACCUGGAGAGUCUGACAAAAUCAUCCUAUCACACGUCAGCUCGGUCACGAGGAUGGUGGUCAGCACAUCUCACACCAGCAAAACUGCAGCCACGUCUCCACCAACUGGUGACAAAGAAACCCAAGCUUUCUUAG